AGGUAGAGCAAUGUUUCCUAGCAUGAGGGCGGAGGCUCCUUUGGUGUAUCAGACUAGUUGGUGGGAAGCAUGAAAGUGUGGCUUGUGACCUUUAUUUGAAAUCUGCUCAUCAAUCUGACGUGUUGGAUUUGUAAGAGAACACAGCUUCUCACCAUUGUUAGAAAACCUGCAGAUACUUAAAAAUGAGCAGUAGUUGCUCUAACUCAAGUAUUAGCCAACAACAGGCCCAACAUCGUUAAUCACCUCAUUCUGAUGCACCAUACAUUAUGGUUCAUAUCAAUCUAUUGAAAAAGUGUGGACUCUUGUUAUUGCUUGUGGUUCUGACUAUUUGCUUGUGGGGGGAAACAAGAAAAGGCUACUAUGUUCCCUUCAAAACAGAAAGCAAAAGUUUUCAGAUUCCCAGAGCUCUGGGAAAAGGAGACGUACUUACAUCCCGACUUCUUUCAAGCAAAGCUGUCAAUGAGAAGGGCCAGUUAUCUGUUGCUUUGCUGGUCAAACUGGAUAAAGUAAAUGGCAGCAUCUCUCCAACCCCUCCAGGAAACAAUGCAGUGGCAAAGUCCAAGAAAUCAUUGCUCUCUGUGAAUGUCUGGAAUGAGGACAGUUCAUCAAAGAAUCUCAUACCCAGGCUGCGAAAGGUCAAAAACAAUUACCUGUCCAUGAACAAGUACAAUGUGACUUACAAAGGGCAAAGGAAUACUGCCAAACUCAGUCCAGAGAAACUGCUGUGCCAGCUCCGGGACAGAGUGAAUGUGACAAUGAUCCAUGGGUCAGACGGUCCGUUCAAUACCUCUGAAUGGCAGAUGUAUCUACCAAGAAAAAACCUCAGCCAAGAAGUUGGCCACUUCCGUCAAUGCGCUGUCGUGUCCUCAGCAGGAUCUCUGAAGUCCUCGCAUCUGGGACCAGAGAUAGACACCCACGAUGCAGUUUUGAGAUUUAAUGGGGCUCCUACCAUAGGGUUUCAGAAUGAUGUAGGGGAAAAGACAACAGUCCGCCUUGUUAAUUCCCAGCUUGUAACUGUCGAAGAGCAGAAGUUCCUUACAGAUACGUUGUACAAUACUGGAAUCUUAAUUGUCUGGGAUCCAGCACCUUAUCAUGCCGAAAUUAAUGAGUGGUACAGAAAACCAGAUUACAGUUUCUUUGCAAACUACAAGGUGUAUCGUACUAGACAUCCGGAACAGCCCUUUUAUAUCCUGAACCCAAAAAUGCAGUGGCAGCUCUGGGAUAUUCUGCAGGAGAACUCGCUGGAGGAAAUUCAGCCCAAUCCACCUUCUUCUGGAAUGCUUGGCAUUGUGAUCAUGAUGACCCUCUGUGAUGAAGUGGAUGUUUAUGAAUUCCUCCCUUCCAAACGACAGACAGAUAUCUGCCACUAUUACCAGAGAUACCACGACCGCGCCUGCACCAUGGGUGCUUACCACCCACUGCUGUUUGAGAAAAACUUGGUGAAGCACAUUAAUCAAGGCCAAAAUGAGUUAAUUUACACCCAUGGGAAAGUGACUUUGCCCGGUUUCAGAAACAUGCACUGUUAGCAACUCAACUUCUACUGUGCAUAGAUACUUCUGUUGAUUUUCAAGGCACUUUUAGAAGGAUACUGUUGAGAUUGUUAGGCCUAAACAUUGAUGUGCCCUGACAUUUCUUCCAUAAUGCACACCUUACACCCCUUAGGAUUCCUGUGAUGCAACUUCUCCGAUCUGUACAAUAGCAGAAAGCAUUACACAUCCUCCACCACAAUUAUCCAAUAUCUACUGUGUGAACUUCCAGUCAGAUUAGUGGGUCUGAGGGGCUGAGUACCUUCAGCUGCAAUUGGCCACCUGAGUUGUUUUCUAUGCAGUGUAAACCAACAUAUUGCUGGUGUCACUCCACUGAACUCAGUGGCAUUAUGCCAGCAGAAAAUCUGGCCCAUUUUAUAAAAGAAUGGCUAAAAAUAAUCCCAUAGUUCUGGAAUCUUUAAAGACAGGCCUACCAUUAUGGACCCACUGUGAAGGCUGCCUGUUAAGAUAGGCAGUAAUUCAACAUGUUAAAAUCUAUUACUUUAAUUAUAGUCCUAACGACCUCGAGAAACAGUCCUUUAUAGUCUGGAAUUGUGAUGGUGAUUCUGCCAAAUCAAGGAGGAAUUGUUCAGUGUCGAUUUAUUUUGAAAUUUUUACCUUUGUAAAAAUUAUGAUGUUCAGUGAAUUGCUAAAUUGAAUUUAAAUGUCUGGUGACCACUCAGUCCAGUUUGUUCAAUGUAACAUCCUGUUAGGGAAACAGGAUAUUUUAAUUCCAAAUCAUUUUGGGGAAGACUUUUGAAAGGCAUAAAUCGCAGUUUGCAACUGUAAUGGGGGUUGGUGCCUAGUUGCCAUUUGGGCCCUGUGAAAGUCUCCCCAUUAGUAAUUUAGGACAAUAAUGCUACAUAGUCACAGGCAACUAAAUAAGCCAUGGGGCUACUAGCCAGCCGCAGACCAGAUCUCCUCUUCUAGGUUUCAUCAGCUAUCCAAGUUGACCUCUGUUAGCUAUUCCUGACAUUCAGAUAGUGUCUCUCUCUCUCACACACAUACACCCUUUCCAAGUGCACAGAGAAUGAGCACAUUACACUAUCUCUUGAAAUAGCAGCUGGGAAGGGGGAGCUGCACUCUGCUCUUCAAGCCAGUGCAAAAGGGAGGUGGGCAGAGCUUUUUGACUCCUUCCUGCCCCCUUGAUGUGAUUUUUGUCCCCAGAGUUCAUGGAAGGAGUAGUCUUUUUGAUUUCCCCCAAUCAUAGUUUUUCUUUGGUCUGGGCAGUGGGUCACCUCGGUUUGUCUCCUUUCCCUCUGUUCACCUAUUCCAGAUCCACUAUCCCUUUUCUCAUGGUUCAGAUUCAUAGGAUCUUCGCUUCCAAGCUGAAGCCACCGGGUCACACUCUUCUGUUGUGUACACUGGUGUAACCCUACUCAGGUCCAUGGCAUUGUGCCUGUGUAACCAUGGCAACACCUGAUAGGAAGUACAAAUGCUCAACAAUUAAUAUGCUGUUUCAUGAUCCUACCUAUAUAUAUGACAAAGUUGAUAUUAUUUAACUUUCCGUCGGUAAUGUCAUGUAUCUGGUUUUGAGUGAUAUGGGUUUUAAUGGUUUUAGGUGUAAGAAGUAGAUGCUACUUUUGCUGUCCAUAAUAUGCAUCACUGUGGUAGGAAAACAGUUGCACAGCAACAGACUUUGUUCCCAUUGUGAAGAACCCAUUGGGUUAAAUUCUGCCUUCUGUUAAACUUGUAUGUCCCACUGGAUUCAUGGGAGAGCUUGGCCACCAUUGAUCUGGAUCUACAGAGGAACCCUUUCAUCCCAUGUGAAGACCAGUUGACUUUAGUAGGGCUCUGUGCAGAUCCAGUUGCGAGAUCAGGGCUUAGCCGAAUAAAGUCCUAGUGAGAAAAUUCGCAUCAUGGUACUUGUAAAAUGAGAAUUCCUAUUGCUUUUAAUAAAACCUUGUGAAGACAUUGGCUCAGAUUCUGAUCUCCGCAAACCAGUGUAAAUCUAGAGAGGCUACAGUGGAUUUACACCAGUGUAUACGAGAUCAGAAUCUGGUCCAACAUUUAAAUAAUGCUUUUUUAAAUUUCUGUACAGUUCUGCAAAGGCUGUGUCUGGGUAGUAGUGAGUUCCAAUCUGUAACUCAUUACCAAUUUCCAUUGUUGUGCAGAAUGAAACCAUCAAGCUAUUUUCAUUAAUUAUGUAGCAGUAUUUUAAAUUUUAAGUGGAAGUACCAAACUCAUCAUUUUUAAAAAUUUUCUGAACACUGAUCUUUUAAAAUAGUUUGAAAUAAUACUGAAGGAUCCAAAGAAGAUGUACAAUUUGUAAUAAAGUUUGUCUUUUUUUUAAAGAGGUGCUAUCUGUAUCAUUCUUAAAUUAAACUAACAUGAGGAUAUUAAAUGUUUAAUUUCUCUCCCCUCCUUUUCCUCCCUUCCAUUUAUGGGCUUGCAAAAGCUUGAGAGAAAGAAUAAUUCAGGAGAGACAUAGCAAACAUCCCCUCACCACUCUACGGUAUUACUCACUUAUAGAAAUCAAAGGAUGUAUUGGGGUGCUGCAAAUAAUGUGACAGUUCAGCCUGCCAAGUUGCAUCUUCAAUGAACAGGAGAAGGAAUUUGAAUCACGUUUAUUGCACAAUAUUUGCCUCCAGGUCAACAAGGAUUUUUUGGGACACUACAUAAAAACUUCAGCACACACAGGACUCAAUUUUCUCCUAGCGCCAUCUCCACCCCAGCCAAGAUGACAACAUAAUAUCAAAACAAGACAACACCACUAAGGUAAGACACAGCACUACCUGUUGGUGGAGGUGCUGCCUGCAUUGAUCAUUACACUGUCUUUGAACUCCAUUCUUAUACUGGACCUUGUAUGGAAGGGAGUACCUGUAACAUGGUGGCUUUUUAAAAAAUAAA